AUGAACCUUGGCCAGAUCGUCGGUCGACCGGGGCUAGGGUAUUUCAGUGACGUGGUUGCAAGGAUGAAAAUGGCAUCGUUCGCUACGUGUCUAAUGGUCGGAUUGAAAUAUCUGUCGUCUUUCAUGACAUUCAUUUGGCUAUUUUGCGUGGCCCCUGCAACAGAUAAGUUCAACACUAAGAAGGAUUUGCAAAGUAAAUUGCCCAGUACUAAUUCUAUUCUCUUAGUUGGCGAACCAAUCGGUCUGAAACUUCGAACUACGGGAAAUACGAGUAUCGACACGUUCAGCUCUUCACUGGACUCAUGUAUAUUGCUGCCACUGUCUGCGUUAUCUAUCUCCGCCAGUGGAAGCUAUCGUUAG